ACGCUUUUAAUCUGUAUGAAUUUGCUAGAUGCAAUAGCAGGUCGUCAUAUAUCACAACUAAUCGAGGUUUCAGCACCUAAAAUAAAAAUAAAAAGAGAAGCUGACUAUUACGUAUCAAGAAGAUUUCAACAAGAUCAUUUGACGCCUUCAAGUGGUACUGAUGAAAUUUUAGAACAAGACCCAGAGGGACCGGAUGAAAAAUCCACGAAGAAGUCCGAUACUGUAGAUGAUUCAAUUGAUGCAACUGCUUCUACGCAUGAUUCUAUCGAUGCAACUGAUUCUUCAGAUAUUGAUACUAUCACUGAACCAUCUACAACUACUUCUAAAUCUGAAUUAAAUUUACCAACAAACUUGCAAAAACACAAAUCUGUAGCAAGAAGUAGGACACCCCUUCGACACAGUGUUAUGGAGGACUUUCCUACACUUUAUAAUAAUAAGGACAACUCACCAUACGAAUCUAAAAAUUGGUACUAUGAGGAAGGACUGAACGGUGGAAAUUCAAACGAUAAAGACAUAUUGGUGGAUUGGAGUCAUAAACAUGGUGUUAAGCAUGGUUUACAUUCGAAUCAUGAAUCACAUUCUAAUAGUGUAGCACAUUCUAAUCAUCAGCAUCAUUCUGAAAAAGACUUUUGGCAGGCGAAUGAUUAUCCAGAUGACGACGACGCAUAUGAUGAGUGGUCAAGUUUACAUUUGAAAGGUGUACAACAUCAUCACAAAGGCGUUGGAUUAGAAGAAGAACUGAGCAGAUCACCUAAGAAAAUACAUUUUGGCGAUAAAGUACGUGGUAGUGUAGGAAAAUCACAUUAUUCUAAAGAUUGGGUAGGAUCACACACUGGUUCUAAGAGUUGGGGAGGGCUAGAUUUAGAUUCUAAACAAAGUGCAGACUCACAUGCCGAUUCUUACGGAAAAUGGAGAGCACAUUUAAAACCUCCCAAUUGGGAAGGUUUACACUCCGGUGGUACAGCAGGUGGUAUAACAUAUCUUUCUGGUUCUGAAGCUCUCGGAGGGUCACGUUACUACAAGAAUAACGUUUUUAGUAAUGAAGGAGUAUCGCCUACUCAUUAUAAUUUGGGAAAAUCCCGUUCCAAUGUUUAAAGUGGACGAAAUACACAUUCUGAAUAUUUAAAAUUAGAAUAUCAAUCUGUAAAACGUUUUUCAUAUAAUCACCUACGAAUUAAUCACAUUAUCACCUAUAUAAAGGAGAGAGCUAAUUGAUGGCGGCUGCAGAGGGGUUUUAAAAGCAACGAUCUGGAAUUAGGGACCCAUUACAUAAAUUGCGCUAUGUCAAUGAUAGAGUGCUUAUUAAUUACAACAAUAACAACGGCGGAU